AUGCGGGAACAGUUUCAAGGUAUGGAACCAACUGAUGAUAAUACCGCAUGCAUCACCUAUUUCGCACGGCAUCCUGAAGAAUUGAUUGAUGAAUCAGUGGCAUCAACUUCUGCUGGUAUUUUCGGCAAUCUUUUCAGUCGAAUUUUCAAGCCAUCUAAAGACAUCAACAUAGCAAAUAAUGUCAGAGAUACAACCACCAUGUCGAUGUCAUCGCGGCAUGACGAUGUAGGAGAAGUGUCAGACAUUUCUAUGGAAAAUGAGAUUGGCGAUACUGGUGAAAAUUCAAAGGAAAAAGAUGAAAAUGGCAGUGAUAUUUUGGAGCAGAGGAAAAAAUCCUAUAUUCGUUUUGCUUCCAUUUUCAAAGGGCGAAAUCCUGGUCUUCUCGAUUACGAAAGGAGUAAUUUUCGACGUUACUGGAUGCCAGAUUCAAGUGGACGGGAAUGUUACGAAUGUCAGGAACGUUUUACCGCUUUCAGAAGACGACAUCAUUGUCGUUUAUGUGGGCAAAUAUUUUGUUCGAAAUGUUGCGGUAUCCAGGUCUCUGGAUCAUUAUUAGGUUAUACGGGUGAUUUAAGGUUGUGUACUUACUGUGCUGAUAUUGUAAUUUCGAAUUUGCCACAGACAGAAACAAAAUUAGAGGACGGGCCUAAUUCAUCUGCUUGUGACCAAAAACUAAACUAUGAAACAGACUUCUCAGUGUCAACGAUUUUUGCAGGUCCCAUAUCUUGGUCACUGAAUUCACCUAUUAUUGCUGAUGAGAAUAAUGAAAGUGGGACAUCAUUUCAAUGUACAGUUCCAAGAAAAUCAUCAGUGAAACUUGAUUCCCCUACGCAGCUUUCGGUAACGGAAUUAGCCAUGUAUAAUUCAAAUGUUCAGUAUUCGCCUACUCAUGAUGUUGGCGAUGAUCUUGAACCGGAAUGGGUGAAAAAUAUUGAAAUGACUGAUAAUGUGAAGCCGUUGGAUUCUUCAAACUCGAAACUAGAAUCUAUGGAUUACUCACACUCAACGUCACAAAAAGAUGACAUGAACAUUGAAAAUAAGUUAAACUUUCAUGUUGCUGAAAUGGAUAAUGAACAAAUUGUUAAAAAAGCUUCACCAUCGAGAGCAGGAAAUGAUGAUCUUCGUUUCAAUGAAACAAUUGAAAGAUGCUUUGAAAUCCAGUCCGAAAAACUGAUUUUACAGCUUUUCAGUCGUGAAGGAUUGGAUCCGAAAGAAUGGUGGGAGAUCAUAUGGUCUGUAAGUCAUGUUGUAUCGUCAAUGGUUAAAGUUGAUAUGGAGGGACGAAAAAAUGUUAAUGUUAUGAAACAUGCUCAUAUCAAAAAUCUUCAUGUUGCGGUUGAUAAGCCCUCCGCAAAGGUAAUAGAGGGAACAGUAUGUAGCAAAAGCGUUCGUCAUGAAUCGAUGCCAAAUGAGAUUCGUAAUGCAUCAGUUUUGACUUUAGAAGGGAGCAUCGAGUAUGAACGAGUUAGCGACAAGCUUUCUUCAAUUGAACCAAUAAUUUCACAGGAGAGUGAAUAUUUACGAAAUCAGGUGGAGCGAAUGCUUUCACAUCGACCGUCAGUGGUUUUGGUUGAACGUAAUGUAGCUGGCUUAGCUGUACAGAUGUUAUUACGUGCUGGAGUCACACUUGUUUCUAACAUUAAACCGCGUGUUCUGCAAAGAAUAGCACGAAGUACCGGCGCCGACGUAAUGCCUUCACUUGAUGCACAAAUCUUGAACCAGAAGAUUGGGUUUUGUCCAUUUUUUCGGCAGGAGAAGGUUCGGUUGAUGAAUGGGAAAUACAAAUGUUUGUUGGUGUUUGAGGAAUGCCCUCCAGAAUUAGGAUGCUCUGUGUUAUUGCGAAGUAACUCAAAAAGAGAUUUGAGAGCAGCUAAACGGAUCUUACAUUAUGGAAUUUUAAUGUUGUAUUCCAAUCAUCUCGAAGUAAAAUUGUUGUCCACCUGUGGCACAACUUUGACAAAUCGAUCUGCGGAUUGUGAUAUUUGCUCCAUUAAUGCUGCUGAAUUGGAUACAAACAAAGGUAACUUUUGCAAGCGUUUAAAGAAGUCCACUCUCUCACCCUCCCCAUUGAUCGAUUUUGGAAUCCCUUUUCUAGAAACAUCGAAAGGUCGGCGAUGCUCUCUAAGAAAGUUUUUUAACCGUUUCAUUAGCAGUUUAGCAACUGAAAAUAAUGGCACCAGGGACUGUUCAGAUUAUAAAGCAGAAGAAAAUUAUUCAUUGAAACGAUAUGUUCAUUCUUUUGUGAAAAAUAUCACCCUAACGGAAGUGGACGAAGAUGCCAUCUCCUCUUUCCGAGCUUUUUCUGGUUGGAUGUUUCGAUGUAGCGUUCAUAAACAGAAUCGGGAUCGAUUACGGAAAGAAACAGUUUCUAAUAAAGAAAUUGAAGAUGUGUUGGAUCCAUUUGCUCAUCAGCAUAUAUCAGUUCUUUUCGGAUCAUUUUGUCCAAAAUCGCCGAAUGCACCUCUGUUUUGCAUUCGACCUUGGGUUGUGAAUAUGGAUUAUUAUGGUGUUAAUGAUAUGUCUUUGGGUGACUUCUUGAGGAAGUAUUGCUUCAACCGAGCAUAUCAAUGUCCUUCUACAAACUGUGAUUUACCAAUGAUGGAACAUUCCCGAAGAAUGGUUCAUAGGAAUGUUUGCGUGGAAAUAACAACGCAGAAUUAUGUACACUUAAGUGGUGACUUCAGCAGCGCAGUGGCUGAGCAAAAUGACACCUUGCUUACCUGGCAUUAUUGUCCAAAAUGCAAAUCAUCGUCCGCGGUACUCCCACUACCAGAAAGUGUAUGUCGGUUGAGUUUUGCUCGUUAUCUGAAUUAUUUGGCAAAUGGUGCUUAUGCAACAUGUAACAUUAAUUCACUUUUACAGAAAUGUGAUCAUUGUUGUUUUCAUCAACAUGAACGCAAUGUCGCUCUCAACAAUUUGGUGACGACUUUCAAAGUCUUAUUGGUGCGUCCAUUCCAUGUGACUUUCAGUCCAUUGGUUUGUACUGUUGAACCGAUAAUGUUUACUCGAAAAUUUGUUGCUGAAUCGAAAAAUGAAAUAGAGAAAGCAGCAGCAGCCAUCUUCAAAAUUAUGUCGGAACAGAUCGAAAAUUUGUUAAAAUAUAAUGGGAAUAGCUUGUAUUCAACAUGUCAUACACAGGCAGCAAAAAUUUUAGGAGACGCGCGCUCUGCCUUCAACUCUGCAAUAAAGUGUUUUGAUCCAAGUGGUGCGCUUACUGGUGAACCAAUAGCAAUUCGGUCAAAUGAUGCUGUUUAUACUCAGGCCACUGAUACAAUCUGUCGUUGCCGGUAUAUUGUACAGCAUGCAAUAAACUUAUGGAAUGAACAGUGUCAGUAUUUUUGUCAACAGAUUCGAGCUAUUAAAAAGUAUAGUGGCAGUGGUAUUCUGCCAGUAAAUUUUGGAUUUGCAUCAAUUGUAGAGGACAAUAUGGAAGGAAACAAAAUAAAUAAUGAACAAACUCUCUUGGCGAAUCAUAUGCAAAUUAAUGCGCCAGAUUUUGAACUCAUCCCAUUGGAGAGUCCAUUCCUCGCCGAGUGUCAUUUCGGUUUACCUCUUCCAUCAGUUGGUUUAGCAGCAGUCGUAGUGCGCGAUAUGAUCGAUCGUAAGGGUGCUGCACAUCCGGAUAUUGGUUCCAUCAUAGCUUAUGCUUUAUCUUCGGUUGAAUAUAAUACAAAACGAAGAAAACAGCGUGAUUCUGCUUAUAAUGUCUUUGUUGAAGUGGAAUCAGUUGCAGUAGCAAAUUAUGAACAUAUUGAAGUUGAUUUUGCUGAUGAUAAGGCGCAAUAUUACGUAAAGAUUUAUUAUGCUGAAAGAUUCCAUAUGUUGCGGAAGUUGUUAUUCGUUGAAGGUGAAGACUGCUUUAUUAGGUCGUUAAAUUCAUCUCGUAGUUGGAGCCCGCAAGGUGGCAAAUCUGGAGCUUCAUUUUAUCGCACACAGGAUGACCGAUUUGUUUUCAAACAAAUGUCUCGGUUCGAAAUCCAGUCAUUUGUGAAAUUUGGUCCUAACUACUUUAGCUAUGUUUCUACUGCCAUGACGGAUAAUAAAUUGACAACACUUUGCAAGGUUUAUGGUGUAUACAGAAUUUGUUACAAGAACAAAAGCAGUGGUCAACAGUUGAAAGUUGAUGUUUUGGUUAUGGAAUAUCUCUUUUACCGCCGAAAUGUGAAACAAGUGUGGGAUCUGAAAGGCUCGCAAAGAAAUAGGAUGGCGUCGGAAGGAAAAAGGACGGCAGAUCUGGUUUUAUUGGAUGAAAAUUUAGUAAAAGAUCUUUGGAAUAAUCAGCUUUAUGUGCAUCCUCAUUCGAAGGCAGCGUUAAGUAUGGCUAUAAGUAAUGAUAGCCAUUUUCUUUCUGCCCAGCAUGUAAUGGAUUACAGUUUGCUUGUUGGAGUAGACGAAACGAACAGUGAAUUAAUUCUUGGUAUUGUGGAUUACAUGCGCACCUAUACGCUUGAUAAGAAAUUGGAAAGUUGGGUAAAAAUCGUAGCAAUACCUGGUGCACACUUACCUACCGUCAUUUCUCCAGAAAUGUACUGCACACGAUUUUUUGAUGCUAUUGACACAUAUUUUCCGAUUGCACCAGAUCAGUGGACUGGACUUGGUUCCGCCUUGUCCUCUUCUGACUAUUAA